AUGGAUCCUAGCGCAGCAAUUCAACCCAUCGAUGCGAAAUAUUUCAUGGAGUUCAGGGCGGAUGAGGAUGUCUGGCAAAGGUACACCCGCAUCCCAGAUCACAUAUCUGAGACUCAUUGGGAUACAUACCAACCCGAUGGAUACAACCCAUUCCGUGUACCGACUUUGCCGGGUCACACCGACGAGUGCACUCGAAUUGACAUUCGUUCGACUGGUACUACUUACGCUUGGGCAAUGUGGUGUCUAACACUGAAGCCGCUCAACCUUCAGGUCGAGGCGAUGGAUCUCCCUCUAGGUAAAAGGAUACCCCGGCAAAGGAUGGUCCACCUCGAUCUACCGGCCGCAAUAAAGGGUGCGGGCCAGCCAGUGAAUUGUCCUGAAUACGCGAAGGGCAGUCGAAUUAGAAAUGCGUCAGACAUCGUCGAGAGUUGGGCAAUGAUACCUCCUUCGGCACUACCUGCUUUACCGGGUCCCCUUAUACCAAGUUCUUAUGACAAUCACCUCACGGAAGAUGCUCAUAUAAGAAGGAUUUACAAGGAAACGCGUGGUUCAUGGCUGUCAUGGAUCGGCAAUUGCAGCAAUCCCGACUCUCGUUACGUCUCUGCUCUUGAGCAGAUGAGUGGAGUCACCCACCACAAGGGAGUCAGUCAUAUUGAUCCCUUAUUGCAGGUAUACAGAGAUAAACUCGGUGUUUGGUGGAUCGCACUCCCAGUGAAAGUCCAUCCGGGAUGGAAGGACCAAGCCAUUCCUGCCUUCAACAAAACUCGACACGAUCUUCAUGUCCCUGCCGAUCUGUCUUCAGCUCUUCCCUAUUAG